AUGGCUGGUUAUCAAGAAUGGAAUCAAAGCUUAUGUGGGUGCUGUGACGAUUGUGGCUCAUGCAUUUGUGGCUGUUUGUGUCCUCCGUGCUUGUUUGGUGAGAAUGCUCAAAAGAUUGAUAACAGCAAUUGCUGCUUGUGGUGUUUUAUAUACAUUAUUCUUGGUCAGUGUUACCUAUGUUGGGUUCCACACUGCAUGAAACGCCAAGCCCUUCGACAAAAAUACGGCUUACGAGAAGAUCCUUGUGGUGACUGUCCAACAACAGCUUGUUGUGGCCCAUGUGCUCUCUGUCAAGAAGCUCGAUUUCUUAAAAACAUCAAUAUGCGGCAAGGAAUGGGUCCGAAUACAGUUCAGCCUGGCAGAAACUAUUAA